AUGAUCAACACAUACCAUGUUCACACUCAUAUAAAUAUUAAUCCAAAUUAUCCAACACUUGCAGGCUCACAUAGUUACAUUCUAUCAUUAUUCAUUAUGAAGAUCAUAGAGUUAACGAUAACAAUGGAUAGUCUUGAAAAAGAAAGUGAUUUCUACUUUGCAAAGCUGAGGGAUAUCGAAAUCCUGUGGCAAUAUUCUAAUAUCUCAAACUUACCUAUUAUCGAUGCGAUACAGAGGAACUUGCACGCUGCUGAAAAGGAUGCAUCAAUACUUAUCUAUCUAGUUUUUACUAUGUUGGAUUGUAUCUUACGAGAAAAUCAUCUACAGUUUGGGCUUUAUCUUUUAACAUCACUGGAGACAAAAUGGUUACAUGUAGGUAUUUUCGAUUGAGCCCUUAGCCUAUUCAAAGUUUGCAUAUAUGGUCCCUUGUGGUUAAAGGCUUAAUUUCAACCUAUACGUCGGGCGUACGUGAGGUACGUGCAACGUACUUGUGAGAAACCUGGAUCACGGAAGCCAUGCUAGUACGCUGGGCGUACCUGUGUUACGUGGGGCAUACUAGCUCAGUUUUAAAACCCUAAUUUUAAGGGUUUGCUUUCUAUUUAAUCCUCCUUAUGCCUCCCUUGGACAUUUCUUAUCAGCUACCAUUCCCUCAUAAAACCCUAAUCUCGAGUCUAAGCUCUGUGUGUGAGAGUUUGGAGCUUAUUAGUGUUUUUGGUGCUCAUUUGUUGAAGAAGAAGGCUAGUGAAGAAGAAGGUGUUGCUUGUAAGCUUGUAGAUCCAGAGACUACUUCACCUUGUGCAUCUUUUGAAUGUAUAAAUCUUAUACAUUUAUGUGUUUCCUUUUAGAUCUCCAUAGAUAAGUUUUAUGAGCUUCAUGUCUCAAAUAUUGGACCUCUGUGAGUAUGGAGCACUCCAAAGCAUUAUAGUUAUCCUUUCAUAUGUUCUAGGUCUUGUGGAUUCAUAAAAAUGGUUGUUGUAACGACGUAAAUUUCCAAAAC